AUGUCAAACCAUACAAACAGAUUUCAUAACCUUUUCGAACUAAAUGCCGAAAUUCGAGAUCGAGCCUUGAGCUGUGAUGUUUGUCAAUACGGUACUGAUAGACGCAGCAAUUAUACAAGACAUCUCAGCUCUGAAUCACACCGGCUAAACGUAGCGAAUGCAAUCCUCUCAAAUGCAAACAACCCUAAUGAGGUUCAAAAUGAAGCAAUGAAUACUGAUCCAUCUCCUGAGGUUCAAGAUGAGGCAGAUACCUCCAUGAAUAUUGAUUCACCUUCUGGAAGUCCAAUGAUGACAGACAUUGAUGUUGAACCUGAGCCUGAACCAGACAUAACUCCUGAAGAAGCUUUCGGAAGCUCCCAUGGUUUUGAGGAGGUUGACAGUGAAAUCGGACGUGACUUUGACCCCUUUGAAGACAUUUUAAAUGAUGAAGUACAGUUGGAUGGUGGUCCUGGUGUUAGUGAAUCUAUCAACCCCAAUACCAAUGAUGAUGAACCUCAAGUACCUGAUGAUGUUAAUGGCAACCCUUACUUUCCUUUCAAAAAUGAAUAUUACAUGCAUGCUCUUCUCUUUUUCAAGCCUUCAAGUAUGAAGUAUUCAGAGGAAGAAAUUAAAGCCACCCUUGAAUUCGGCAGAUACUUGAUUGAAAUAGCAAUUCGGCAAUACAAAGAUCAACUUGCUCUGGAUCCCACUGACACUGACUAUGAUUUCAAAGGCUACCCUACUCCCCAUGGUAUUUCUAGGUUUUACAAAUCUACCAAAAGCACUGUUCCAAUUCUUCCCCAUGCUGAAUAUUAUGUGAAAAGCCGUGAAGGUAUUCCUUAUACCACACCUAUUGAUCUUUCUAGUCGUGACGCUGCUGGUAAGCCGUACAAGCCUGAUCUGAUUAUCAACCAUGUUUCUGAACACCUGCGACUUCUCAUUGCCAAUCCAAUCAUGUCCCCCUAUUUAUCUGAUCUUCCUGAUUAUACGAGUAACCAACGUAUAAAGCUUAGUCAACGUAAAAAGUGGAUUGAGGAUAAAUUGUUUCAGCCUCCCAUGAUAAUUGUUGGUAAUGACAACAACCCUCGGCAAUUGUGGGUGUCGGAUAGAAUCUCUCGUCUGUCUGAUAUCAAUGUUCCUGUUCAACAGCGUCCCUACUUCAAGGUAUUCAAGUUCUUCCAAGAAUCCGACAUUCUCAAGGCGUUCCUUUUCCCGGUAAUAACCAAGAUGAAUGAUUCCAUGUACUAUCUCUCCGAAAAGGUUGUCUCAUGUGAUGUAUCCCAGCUCAAUCUUGAUGAUGUUUGCCGUUUAGAAGUGGAAGAUUACCAUGCCUAUACCAGUGUCAUGCAAAAUUUGGCUCCUGAACGUUUAAUCAUCUGUAACCCGAGCUAUACUAUUGAUGAGACUAAUAUUAUUCGUGAUCAUUAUAACAUGAUUAAAGCUGCCAACGACCACAAGCACCCAUUGCCUGUUACCUCCAACUUUGUCAACAACGUCCUUAACCCGUCUAUUCCCAAGAACGUUGAGGUUGUUAGAGUUGUUUCUUAUAACUUGUUUUCUGAUGACAGUAGUCGUAAUUCUAUAUCAAAAUGGAAUUGCUUCGAUACUUGGUUAAUGAAUCCUGCUGCUUUGCCCCUAAGUAUUGCCAAUCAUUACUUGAACUAA